UCCCAAAGUAACUGCUCCCUCACUCGUACUCAAUCACUGUAACAGGCCGAGUACAUACCGCCCACCGCAUCGUCCCUGACAUGGAGCCACGUAUUGACGGAGCGGACAGCACCGCCAAGGUGUGCGACAUGAUCCGCGGGCUGAUUGCCUGCGUCAUUGAGCGCUCACUGAAGAUCGCCUUUCUCUGCGAGUUCCACCCGAAUUGCCCGCCCGCGAGUACCGACGUCGGAAAGCUACGCGCGGGAGACCGCGUCGAGCUGAAGAAACUCCAAGACACGGCCACAUGCUGCAGGGCAUGUGGCGUCUUCGCUGGGUGAGGAUGCCCGAACAGGGCUGGGAGCGGGUGCAUGAAGCCUGGAGUGGCUGUAACGGCCGAACGGCCGACUUGGAUAAGUAAGUACGACCCCUUCGCAGCCGACCAUCUCCUGCUAGGUUGAACGCCGCCUGCAUCUGUACAAAGUCUCCAUGCGCAAUAACUACCCACCUAUUAGUAGGCCCGAGCUUCUCGCUGGCGCGCAGCGCCAAUUGCCUGUUGCUAGCAACGUCAACACAGUCAGGUUGCUGCGCGCCUGGCAGGCAAAUUAGCACGCGACUCUAGCUUGUCAACACACAUGCACACGCCGUAUCUGUCUUGUCGUAAAUUCGAUAUAAGAUCGCGCGGAGGUGUGCGGCGGCGUAUUCAGCGUGCUGAGUGGAAACAACAACCGAUGCGCCUUCUUCCCCCUCCAGAGUCAGUCGCCCGCGUUCAGCCCGGCGCACAUCCAUUUUAAUCUGCAUCACAAAGGGAUUACGGUACGAGA